AUGAGUCGCGUGUUGGCCGGAAAGCUGGCAAUCGUCACCGGUGCCUCUCGUGGCAUCGGCAAGGCGAUUGCUGAGAAAAUUGCCUCGUAUGGCGCCAACGUUGCCCUCGGCUACACAGCAGAGUCUUCCAAGAGUGCUACCGAGGAGUUGGCUGCUCAGCUCUCGUCCCAACACAACAUCCGCACGUUCCCAGUCCAGGCGGACCUAGGCACAGUCGAAGGACCCAAGGCAUUCAUUGCGUCUCUGAAGCAGCAGGCGGCCGGAUCGGAUGGCUCCUUUCAGAUAGACAUCCUCAUCAACAAUGCUGGUGUGGCACACAACAACCUCUUGCCCAAGAUCACGCCCGAGCAGUUCGACAUCAGCUACCGGGUAAAUGUCCUUGGACCGUUGCUCCUGACCCAGGCUGCGGAGCCAUACCUGCCCCACGACCGCUCCGGCCGCAUCGUCAACAUUUCUUCCAUCUCGAGCACGACCGGCUUCAUCGAGCAGUCUGUCUACGGUGGCACCAAGGCCGCCAUCGAGGCCAUGACCCGCACCUGGGCGCGUGAGCUGAGCGAGCGUUGCACUGUCAAUGCCAUCAACCCGGGCCCCGUCGAGGGUCCCAUGUACUCCAAGAACAGCGACGCCUUCAAGCGCGAGAUCAAGCCCUGGCUGCAGCACACGCCACUUAUGCAGGCCCGAGAGGGCGUCGAUGCUCCCGAGGUCGUCGAGGAGGCCAAGACGGGUGGAGGCAGACCCGCAUAUACGAGCGAGGUGGCGGGCAUCGCAGCCAUGCUCUGCGGGCCCGACAGUCAAUGGCUCACUGGGUCAGUUGUCGGCGCGAACGGAGGUUUCAUAUUUGGACUGUCUUGA